UCCCUCUGAUCUCUUGGCCACCUGCAAACCAGAAACAAAGUAACUUGAAUUCUUUGCUCAUUCUAAGCACUACAAAAGUACAAAUUCCCUCCCCAAGAAUGGGUGAUUCUUUGUCUAUCCCUCUCCCUUAUUCACUUCAAAUUCUUUUAGAUCCGGAAGGAGCAGUGCUUCGAUUUGACGGGCGAAGACUCUGGUGUACAAGGCCAUGGGCAAACCCACGCCUUUCAUGUGCCUCUCGUCAUGAAAUCUGAGAUAGAAGCACGAGAGACAGAGAGGGCUAUUCAAAAAGAUGUUCUAUUCUACUGCAUUUGAGAUUGAGACUUGCGAGUUUGUUCUGUUUUUUGUGUCUCAGAGACAUCAAUUGAGCAAUAACUGAGGUCGAAGAAGGGCGAAAUGGCAAUAGCAGCCCCUAUGGAGGAACCCAAAACUUCCAUAAACCCCUUCGGCAUGUGAAAUACUCUAACUGUGCUGCAAAGCACAGUACUCGACCACUUUGACAGCUUCGGGUUCGAACCUAGGUUAGGGAGCACACCCAACUAGGCAAGAACCACUAGGCCACUUGCACUUGCAGUAGUUACAGUCCAAGUUCAUGGCUUGGAUAAAACCCCAAGCUCUGCUACUUCAGAGCAAGAAGAAAAAGGAGCCGACUCGAACCAUAAUUAUGUGCAAUCUAAUUAUCGCUUUGAUUGCCUUGUCAUUGGUCGCCACUUAAGUCUAUUGGUCUAGAAGGUGAUCGAAAUUACUGUUCAAUCGUUACCUUCAAUUUCUCCGUAAUUCAUUGAGAUUGAUAAUUUCAGCUACUGAAAAUUGGUUGUGGUUACUAAUUUAGGUCACUGGGUCUGACUUUUCUGCUGCAGAGGUAAUUAGCCUUUCUUGUUGCGAUAGUUGUGAGUAAAUUUGUGCGGUUUGACUGAGUUUAUUGAUUUGUGUUCCCCAGAAAAUGGAUGCGUUUUCGAAGAAGGAUGAUCUUUCUGGUUAUGCUGAAAGCUCAUUCAGUUGAAGAAAUUCUGAAAGGACUCUGUUGCUACUUUGACAAAGCAUUGCCAGUUAUCCUUCUUUACAAAUAUUAUGAUCGUCCGCAGUUUGAGAAAGCAAUUGCAGAUAAUGUCUCUCCUUCAUCUGUAUACGGUGCUGAGCAUCUAUUACGCCUCUUUGUUAAACUGCCCGAGCUAUUGGUUGAGGCUAACAUUGAAGAGGAGACUUUGAAAGAGCUGCUGCAAAGAUUGGCCGACUUUCUCAAGUUCCUACAUAAGAACCAGAGUGCAUUCUUCCUCUCUUCCUACCAUGUACCAGAAGAUACUGAAAUCAGCACCAACAAACAAGAUGACUAAGCAGGGACAUAUUUGCAACAAUUCGUACAUGAUACUGUAGAACUACAGCUGUUGUGUGAUAUCUUGGCACCGAUUUGAACUUUUUCCGAGCUCCAAAAGCAGGUGACCGUUAAUGUGCUUGUAUUCGCCGUAUAAUGUAUUGCAAUUGAUUGCGCAUGUAACAUGUGUUUUCAACAUAUACCGUAUGCCUUGUAAAACUUCUCUAGUAAAAUAUGACCGAUGGUGGAGGUUUUACCUUUUGUUCUAGUUUUAAGUUGCAACAAUCUUUGACUAUCAGUUAAGAUGGGAACAAAGUUACAGACAA